AUGCACUCCGAUAAUGACGACGCGUCCGGUAAACCCAGUCCGGAGACACCCACCUCCGAUUCGGGAUCAAGGGCGCGUAAAAGUAUAUUCGUUGCUGGGGAAGUGUUCACCUACCUACUCGCAUUAGCGGAAAAUAAACCUCAAGAUGGUCGCCUGCGUUCCAUCUUCCCAAGGCCAGGUGGUGCCGCUCUAUUGACAGACCUACUAUAUCACCAGACCGCCGAGAAUGUGGAAGUGAUCGGACCAUCGUCAGACUCAUCAAAUGAUGUCUUUCGGUCGAUUGUGAAAUUAUGUCCUACAGAGACUGCCCACCCGAAUAAUGACGGGCGUUUCAGAGUAGAAGAAAUUGAGUACACCGAGGCACCAUCGACCUGGAGAUUCCCUCAGUCUCAAUCCGCGCAACAAUCGACGGAAUCUACACUGACCAUAGUGCAAGAACCUAUGAACACCGGAAAUUUUAACACAAGCGUGAAAGGAAAAGAGAAGGGCCGGGAAGAUAUCAAAGAGGCAGAGGACUUCUUAGCAAAUCCGAAAACGAAGCUCUUAAUCUAUCGGAUGGCCAGGCCCUUGGCUGAAGGGCUAUUGUGGAAAAGUGUUCGCCGUGGUGCUCACUACAGAGACAAGCUUAUCGUGAUUGUUAAUGCAGAUGAUCUACGCGAUCAGGGAGUAGAGUUGAGUCGGCACAUAUCUUGGGAGAAGACGGCAGAAGAUUUCAUCAAGGAACUCGAGUGUAAUGGGGAGUUUGUUUCUCUUGUGAAUUGUGCUCAUCUCAUUGUACUAUUUGGCUGCGACGGAGCUAUCCAUCACAGGCGUGGAAAAGUACAGGAGCACAGCGAACAAUCAAAGUCGACUCUUUACUUCAGCGGGCCGUGUGGCGAAGGCGACUUCAUCCGGUCCUGCCCCGGCAACGCUAAAUAUUCUAUGGUUGGACUGACCACGGCUUUCGUAGCCGGUCUUGCUUCCUGUAUGAUAAACUCCGACGUCGAAUUACCACAGAAUAUUGAGUCUGCCAUUGAGAGAGCAAUAAAGAGGGGGCUCUUAUGCGCCAGACGUCUUGCACAUGAAGGCUUUCGAAGAUAUAGGAAUAGGUUGCGCUCUAUAGAUUUCCCGUUACAGUACAUCAUGUCGGGUGAUGAACCUGAUCUACAGCCGGAUUGUCUUGAAAUUCCAAGAGAGCAUCAGGUUUUCAGUGAGGUUGAUAUCCCCAGACGCCGUAUCCUUCAAAAAAUUGAGAAUAUUGAAGGAUGUGAGGACCUCUGGUCGAUCCUGGAAGACAAUGCAGGCGAAAAAGCUCAAGUUUCUCAUCGCCUAGUACUUGAUGGGCCCGCCAAAAUCCUGAAGGAUGUGCCAUUUGCUCGCUUCGGUAGAUUGAUGACGGCUGAUAGGAGGGAGAUCGAAGGAUAUCGUGCAAUAAGCAAUCUCGUGGAAGAGUAUUCAAGAAAGCCCCAAAUUACCAGACCUCUUUGUAUCAGUGUUUUUGGGCCUCCGGGAACGGGAAAGUCAUUUGCGAUGAAACAAGUGGCUGGGGAAACAUUCCCAGUGUUGGAGUUCAACCUCUCUCAAUUCCAGGAAUACGCAGACUUGAUAGCAGCAUUCCACUUAGUCCGAGACGAAGCACUGUCUGGGACGACUCCUUUGGUCUUGUUCGAUGAAUUCGAUGCUGCACUCCAUAAUUCUAAGCUAAGCUGGCUUAAGUACUUCCUUGCUCCGAUGCAGGACGGUGAAUUCAUGGAUUGCGGGAGAAUGCACCCAAUCGGACGUGCUAUAUUCGUUUUCAUUGGAGGAACCUGUAAAACAUUCGAAGAUUUUGAAACCAGCGCGCACUCCGACCCUACCACCAAAGGGCCCGACUUCGUUAGUCGCCUUCGGGGCUAUGUUAAUGUUCGGGGCCCCGACCCUGAUCCAGACAAAACAAAAGACAAGACAUAUCCCAUACGGCGGGCUCUCUUGCUGCAUGAGCUGCUUAAACAACGCAAUCUGGGCAACGCGGACGCUGUUGAUGAUGCUUUGUUAAACGCGCUAUUAACUGUUCCGAAAUAUCGUCAUGGCGCCAGAUCUCUGGAAGCAAUACUCGACAUGAGUCGACUAUCUGGUAAGAAGAGAUUCGAACGGGCAGCACUCCCUCCCGAAGACCAACUCAACUUGCAUGUAGAGAAAUUAAGUUUCGUACAACGGAUGAGACAUCCUAUCCUAACAUGGGAUUUACCCAGUUCUUGUUCGGAAUCAAGUUCUUCAGGGGAUUCUUCCGACAAUGAGUUGCGUGAUCUUAUUGCCAUGGGCCUCCACUCGAAGUACAGACGGGAAAUUAACAGGCUUUCAGCUGGUGACAAAGCGCAUUUGGUUGAGGGUCUCGAUGAGGCUUGCAAGAUCUGGCCUAUGCUAGACGAACAAUAUAAGGAGAGCACUCGCCGCCAAGCUGACGACAUUGCAUACAAGCUGCUGAUGAUUAAGUGUUACUCCUCAAGCAAAGUUGCAGGAAGAACAUCUCCGCCUUUUGAGUUUGAAGGGAAUGAGAUUGAGGAACUGGCAAUCCGAGAGCACCAACGAUCCAUAACAGAGAGCCUACAAAGGCAGUGGGAAUAUGGAGAGAGAAGAGAUUUAGCAGCAAGGAUUUCGCCAGACCUCGUCCCUUGGCGGGACCUCCCUGGAGAGACCCAGGAUAUAUACAAGGCAAUCAUUCGGGAACUGCCUGUGAUUUUAAGCGAUUUCGACUACGAUAUUCUUCGCUUACCGGCGGAACGUUGA